UCUACUGUUCUAUACUUCUAUAGCGGAAAGGGGAAGCCAAAUUCGUAGCGGAAAUUUCAAUAAUUCUUAAAGUGUGUGUGUGUUUUUCAUUUAAACAAAUCAUACGGAAUUAAUGGUUCUCAACGAGAGAGAGAGAGAGAGAAAGAGAAAGAAUAGUAGCCAAAUGUGCGUGGCAACGAUGGAGGGAAUGAUCCGCAAAGCUUUAAGUGAAGGAAACCAUUCAUCAUACAUCAGCCCCAUUCACCCAUCCGUGUAUCGUGCAACUUGCAGCAUGCUAAUCAGGCCAAAACUUUGCGAUCUAAUCGAUGUUUAUGUGGUUUAACUCCCUCUGGCCCUCUGGCGCAGACAGCAGCGAGGCGCAGGGUUGCGUGCUAGCUGUCGGCACUCGCCUCUUAAGAAUAUCCUGCAACUGCUCGCAACUGCUGCAGCAGCAUGGGCAAUAUUGUUGUUAACAUAUACAAAGGAAAUAUGAACAGAAACUGACACAAGUGUAGUGGAAAAUACAAAAACAAAUCCGGAUGCUUUUCCAGUUAAUGAGCGAAUGAGCAAAAGAGAAUUAAAUGCAACGGAGAGGAACGGAUAAAUAGUUUUAAAAGAGCCACAACAACCAUAAAACAAAAACUAACGGAAUGGGGAAAAAUGUACUGGUGUAGAGAAAAAAGUGGGGCGGUCUAGUUAGUGUGCUUUAUAAUAUAUAUAUACAUUAUAUAUAGUAUGCCAAAACAAGAAGGAGAUAAUGGAAGAGAGAAGUUAUGAGGAAAUAGAACAAAAGAGAUGAUAAAAACAAACUACACAAAACACACAAGCUGUUUCGCCGUCAAUAUCUGCAAAAUCUGCAAACGAUUAAAAAUAGAACAGGAAAGAUACAGAGAGAGAUAGUUAGCAGUGGCUGGAUGGGCUUGAACUAUUUCUGGAUUCGUUCAAAAAAUCUAGUUCAACUUCCCAAUCGGUGAUGCAAGGCAAGGAAGAAAAGUUAAAAAGCAUUUAAUUCUGUGCUUGUAAGCAGUGUGUAGCAAGCACACCGUGAUGAUAACAUAGGAAGUGGUGGGACAGUUGUAACGGGGAGCAAAAUGUAUGUAACGGGAAGUGGUGAAGUGGCCCGUAAGGAACGAACCUCUGUGUGUGUGUGUAGGUACGUAUGGAUCGUAUGGAAAGCGAUUCACACUCUAUAUAUAUAUACAUGUAUUCUUCAUUAAACACAAACAAAAGAGAAAAAGCAAACAAAGCAAAACAAAGCUAUAUCCAUAUACCAGGGCAUGGGAGAUGAUGGGAAAACUGGAAAAUGCAUUACAAAAAGACACACACUCACACACAUUUAUAAAUCAGUGCUGGUGGUGAGGGACAGGCUGCAGUACGCUCCCGAUUUAAAAUAAAACGGCCUGAGAUGUGGACAGGUGGUGGUCACACGGCACACACGGCAGCACGACCCAAGGCUUUGGCUAGGUCAGAUAUAAAAACGGAAGAGUAAUAAAACAAACAAACUGAAGAUGAACAUUUAUUGAAAGUGAAACCCGGUGACGAAACAUGCAUUAUUCCACUGCGAUCCGAUCCGAAACGUCCGAAACCACACACAUACAUACAGUUAUCGGAGGAAGUGGACUUAACUGGUUAGUUGGUUGCGUGUAGUUGAUCAUUCGGUGAUAACCUAGCUUCCUUGCUCACAAAAGAGAGACUGAAUGAAUCAUAUACACAGGUGGAAAUGUUACUAAAACAUACACAAACACCGGGCAACACAGCAAUCCACAACCUGAAGCAAUCCACGGUUCCACCGUGGGCUUCCUUGGGCGAUAACCUACGCUACCGAAGGGUGGGUAAGGAACACACGCACACCUUUCGAGGCUGUAGGACUCAAUCAACAGAGACGAUAGAGGUAAGGUUUGUUUAACGACAUUGUUCUACACUUACAAUGAAGUCAGGCACGCGUGUGUAUUGGUUUGCACAACCCCCCCGUUGGGAGAUAAAAACACCCGUAUAUAAACAUGUUUCCAUCAUUCACACUUCGACUAACGAUCGUUAUCGACCGAUACUGCCCUGAGCGAGUGUCUGUGCACUGUGUACUCUUGCCCGUUCGCUGUUCGCAUACGAAGUGCUUCUCCAGGGCCGAAACAAACCGAGAAAAAACAAUGGCAACCACAUGGAUCCCGACCAGCGUGCAUGGACCGUACCCACCCCACAUGGUGCCGGGCGGUGUGGACAGUGACGGUGCGCAGAUCUUCGUCGGCCGGGCACACCAUGCCGGGGAUCUGCUGCCCGCGAAAGUGAUUCCGGACAAGACCGCCGCGUACGUUGCGUACGGUGGCCAGGAGACGCUGGUCGAGCACGUGGAGGUGCUGGUCCACAAGCAGCUGAUCUGGGAUACGGCUUCGGCCGGCCAGGUACCGCUCGGCGCUGUCGUCGGUGGCCACACGUCCGAUGGGGAGAUACUGUACGUUGGCCGCACCUACCACGAGGGAUCGCAAACGAUCGGCAAGGUGCAGUGCUCGCACAACUGCAUCUACAUCCCGUACGGUGGUGCGGAAGUGUCCGUCCCUACCUAUGAGGUGCUGUGCGAGCGAUAAAACACAAGCGGAAGGCGAUGGGUAAACGUUGGGACAGCACAUUUUGGAAUCUACUUUUUAACAGGGCAGUUAAUAAGCUACAACCACGGACUGACUGAAGGCCACUGGUGGUGGUACAAAUGAA